UGGUGUUUUUUGUCUUGUUCCAGGUUGUCACCCGACAGUCUCAAGUUAAGGGCACUGUGACUUUGGUCAAUCCUGUCCGUCUCUUGUGCACCAUGCUGGUGAAUGAAGAACUGGAGUGCAUCGUGUGCUGUUACAGAUACUCCAGGAGGGGUCACAUCCCACGGCUGCUACACUGCAAGCACACGUUCUGCUCGCCCUGCCUGCUGAAGCUGUCUCGACUGCAGGGAGCCCUCUGCUUCAUUCGCUGCCCGCUGUGCCGCUGGUUGACAUGCAAGUGUGCUUCCCUGCCCCUGCCUGGCUCUCUGUACAUCAACACACAGAUCUGGGAUCAGAUCGCAGAGGAUGAGGAUUGCGGAGUGCCCCCCAUUCAAAGAAUUCUACUUAUAGGUGAUGAUUGCAGAAACUCUGGAGGUGUGUGGAGCCCAGCUAACAGACAAACAGAACUUUUCUUCUUUGAAGAAUAAAAAUAUGAAACACAGAAUCCUGCAGAGCUUCUAUUGGUUUAGUAAAUUUAUGAAACUUUAAAGGACCAUAUUUUAUGCAUUGUAAAUAUUAAUUCAUUUUAAUAAUGUAGUGGUGAGAAUGAAAUUGUGUCCAAGCAGCAAGUAACAUACUUAAGCCCCUUUCACAUUGGCGUAUUCGUAGAGCUGCUCAUUGCAGCGUAUCGUCUACGCUGAGUUUUGCAGCUCUACGUCGAGUUUUUUCUCUCUACGCAGCAGUAUGUUGAGGGCUUCCUGUGCAGGACGGAAGAAAUUAAACAUUUAAUUUUCUUCGGUGUAGAGCACUGGACACAGUUUUAAGCAGGUCUGCGCAGCACAGCCUUACUGCAUGCAAGACUGCAA